CGCGCCGCUCUAAAAUCGUCGCUCUUUGCCCGGGAGUCGCUACUCGGGGCGCGGCGGGAAAACAUCUCCCGCGUCACUCUUAUUUCUUCUUUCCUUCUCGCAGCUGUCGAAAAAAAUUUAUUCAAACUGACGGCAACGUAGAAAUUCCACCAUGGAGGACGCUCACACGAAAUCCGUGGAUGAAGUCUUAGGAUACUUCGGCACAGACCCAGAUAAAGGCCUGACUCCUGAUCAAAUUAAGAGGAACCAAGACAAAUAUGGGCCAAAUGAACUGCCUGCGGAAGAAGGCAAAAGUAUAUGGCAGCUUGUUCUGGAGCAAUUCGAUGACCUCUUAGUGAAGAUUUUGUUGUUAGCCGCUAUUAUUUCCUUCGUUUUAGCUUUAUUUGAAGAACACGAAGACGCAUUCUCAGCCUUCGUAGAACCAUUCGUUAUUUUAUUAAUUCUUAUUGCUAACGCUGUUGUAGGAGUAUGGCAGGAACGAAACGCAGAAUCUGCCAUCGAAGCGUUAAAAGAAUACGAACCCGAAAUGGGUAAAGUUGUUAGAGGAGAUAAAUCCGGCGUACAGAAAAUCCGAGCAAAGGAAAUCGUGCCCGGCGAUAUUGUUGAAGUAUCCGUCGGUGACAAAAUUCCCGCCGAUAUCCGCCUUAUCAAAAUCUAUUCCACCACCAUCCGUAUCGACCAGUCUAUCCUGACUGGUGAAUCGGUCUCCGUCAUUAAACACACGGAUGCCAUUCCAGACCCUCGCGCUGUAAAUCAGGACAAGAAGAACAUCCUUUUCUCUGGUACUAAUGUCGCUGCUGGUAAAGCCCGCGGUAUCGUUAUCGGUACCGGCCUCAACACUGCCAUCGGUAAGAUCCGCACAGAAAUGUCGGAGACCGAAGAGAUCAAGACACCGCUGCAGCAAAAACUCGAUGAGUUCGGCGAGCAGUUGUCUAAGGUCAUCUCCGUCAUCUGCGUUGCCGUCUGGGCCAUCAACAUCGGACACUUUAACGACCCCGCCCAUGGUGGAAGCUGGAUUAAGGGUGCCGUGUACUACUUCAAAAUUGCUGUCGCUCUGGCCGUCGCUGCCAUUCCUGAGGGUCUGCCCGCUGUGAUCACCACUUGUCUCGCUUUGGGAACGAGAAGAAUGGCCAAGAAGAACGCUAUUGUCAGGUCCCUGCCCUCCGUCGAAACCUUGGGUUGCACAUCCGUUAUCUGCUCUGACAAAACCGGUACUUUGACAACCAACCAAAUGUCCGUUUCCCGUAUGUUCAUUUUCGAGAAAAUUGAGGGUGGUGACAGCAACUUCCUAGAAUUUGAAAUCACCGGAUCCACCUACGAGCCCAUCGGCGACGUUUACCUAAAAGGACAAAAGGUUAAAGCCGCCGAAUUUGAUGCUCUCCAUGAAUUGGCCACCAUUUGCGUUAUGUGCAAUGACUCCGCUAUCGAUUUCAACGAAUUCAAGCAAGCCUUCGAGAAAGUAGGCGAGGCCACCGAAACCGCCCUUAUCGUGCUCGCCGAGAAAAUGAAUCCCUUCAAUGUCCCCAAGACCGGCCUCGACCGCCGCUCUUCAGCCAUCGUCGUCCGCCAGGAGAUCGAAACCAAAUGGAAGAAGGAGUUCACCCUCGAGUUCUCUCGUGACAGGAAAUCUAUGUCGACUUACUGCACACCGCUCAAGCCUUCCCGCCUCGGUAAUGGACCCAAAUUGUUCGUUAAGGGAGCGCCCGAAGGCGUGCUCGACCGUUGCACUCACGCUCGUGUCGGAACUAACAAGGUGGCUCUGAGCAGCACCCUGAAGAACCGCAUCCUGGAACUCACUCGUCAAUACGGUACCGGCCGCGACACUCUGCGCUGCCUCGCCCUCGCCACCGCCGACAACCCGAUGAAACCCGACGACAUGGACCUCGGCGACUCCACCAAAUUCUACACCUACGAAGUCAACCUCACCUUCGUCGGUGUCGUGGGCAUGUUGGACCCCCCUCGCAAGGAGGUGUUCGACUCUAUCGUCCGUUGCCGCGCCGCUGGUAUCCGUGUAAUCGUCAUCACCGGUGACAACAAGGCCACCGCUGAGGCUAUCUGCAGGCGUAUCGGUGUGUUCGGUGAGGAUGAGGACACUACCGGUAAAUCGUACUCUGGUCGCGAGUUCGACGACUUGCCGGUGUCGGAGCAGCGCGCGGCGUGCGCCAAGGCGCGUCUCUUCUCCCGCGUCGAGCCCGCGCACAAGUCCAAGAUCGUUGAGUACCUGCAGAGCAUGAACGAGAUCUCCGCUAUGACUGGUGACGGUGUGAACGAUGCGCCCGCGCUUAAGAAAGCCGAAAUCGGUAUCGCUAUGGGCUCCGGUACAGCCGUCGCCAAAUCCGCCGCUGAGAUGGUGCUCGCUGACGACAACUUCUCGUCCAUCGUCGCCGCUGUUGAGGAAGGUCGUGCCAUUUACAACAACAUGAAGCAGUUCAUCCGCUACCUGAUCUCGUCCAACAUCGGUGAGGUGGUGUCCAUCUUCCUGACGGCGGCUCUGGGUCUGCCCGAGGCCCUGAUCCCGGUGCAGCUGCUGUGGGUCAACCUGGUCACUGAUGGUCUGCCCGCCACCGCCCUCGGCUUCAACCCCCCCGACCUCGACAUCAUGGACAAGCCCCCGCGCAAGGCUGACGAGGGUCUCAUCUCUGGAUGGUUGUUCUUCAGGUACAUGGCAAUUGGUGGUUACGUGGGUAUGGCGACUGUGGGUGCGGCGUCGUGGUGGUUCAUGUACUCACCAUACGGACCACAGAUGACCUACUGGCAGCUCACUCACCAUCUGCAGUGCCUCAGCGGAGGAGAUGACUUCAAGGGCAUCGACUGCAAGAUCUUCACAGACCCACAUCCGAUGACAAUGGCGCUGUCCGUGCUGGUCACGAUCGAGAUGUUGAACGCGAUGAACAGUCUCUCUGAGAACCAGUCGCUGGUGACGAUGCCGCCCUGGUCCAACAUGUGGCUCGUCGGCUCCAUGGCACUCUCCUUCACCCUGCACUUCGUCAUUCUAUACGUCGAGGUCCUCUCGGCGGUGUUCCAAGUGACCCCGCUGUCGGUGGACGAGUGGAUGACGGUGAUGAAGUUCUCCAUCCCCGUGGUGCUGCUGGACGAGGUGCUCAAGUUCGUCGCGCGCAAGAUCUCCGACGCCCAGCCGACGUGGAAGCUGUAAGCGCCGGGAGUCGCCGUAGCACCGCACGCAUAUAUUCCAUGAACACUCAUUGUUUGUUGUGAUCCCGCAGUGAAAAACUACACAUAAAAUAUAACUCGGAGAUUUUCGUGAUCUCUCCGCACAGAGUAAGUUCGGUCGGCGGCGUUCGAGCGCGCACCACAUUAACGGUAACAUUGUUUUGCAGCGAACGAGGUGGUGGUUGACAAGUGGUAACCGACCCACCAUCGAUCGAUCAGUACAUAGUCCCUCUGCCACUCGGACCGCCCCCGACUCCCGAUAUAACCAUUGGCUUUUAGUUUCUGCGAAAGUUUACUCGGGAGCCCGCCGCCGCAG